AUGGCAAAAGUUGCUGCACCGGGACGUUUGUUUGGUUCUGUUACUGUUCAAAUUGGUGGAGCUUCUGCUGCUUUAACUGAUGGUCCAAUGGUUAGAAGGAAGACUCCAUCGGAACUGAGAGGAGAGCAGCUGAAGAGGACAAAAGUUGUAGAGAUUGUAGAUGAAUCUCCAGCCCCACUGGGUUCAAAGAAUAAUAGUAGUGAGGUGGAUAAUGGGCUUAGGAAAUCAGAUGCAUCUAGGACUCCUCGAUACAUUGACACCCGUAUGGAUGAAGUAUAUCCUGUCAAAAAAUCCAGGCUUAGGAUGCUUUCUGUAAAAGACAGUGCAAAGGAAAAUACAACUGAGCAACCUAAUGGCCUGAAGAAUAUCUCUGUGCUUUCAACUCUGGCUGCCAAGAGAAGGCAACUUUCAUGUCCAGAGAUUUCGGUUGCUUCUGAUGAAGUUUUGGAAGAUGGUGUGGUACAACCUAGUCAAACAAUUGAAAAAUGCAGUCAAAGUAUAUUUCGCAGUGUUACUCAGCUUUCAUCUAGUGGUGAAAAGUCAUCUGGCUUGGCAUUUGUUGACAUGGAUAAAGCAUUAAAAGGACUUGUGGCCCAUGAAGCUCCUAAUGCUUCUGGUUUAAAUGCUGAUUCUUCUGAAAAGGCUGGCAAUCAUAGUGGCAGUUUCUGCUCUGAAUGCAAUAUAGCUGGCCAAAAGGCUCCUCUUGAUUUUACUUUGAAAACCAGAAUGCGAGUGGCAUCCUCUUGCUCAGUUACUUGGAUUCAUAGGUCAAUUAUGAGCAGUACCUACAAUGGCAUGCCACAGCUUGCAUCCGAAUUUGGUGAUUCCAAGGACAAUAGUAGCUGGGGGCAGGCACUUACUUCUCAAAUCCAUAGUUCUAAAGCUUUGCAUUCGUGGGUUUACCCUCAAUCCACUUUGCCUUCUGCUGUCAUAUCAGUGUUAACCUCAUCAGCAACUGAGGGAGUGAAGUGUGCACUUCACAAUUUGUGGCGAUGUUCACUGGUAGAUCAGGCUCAGGAAGAACCAAACACCUAUGCAAUGCUUACAUCUCCCGGUCGACAAGAGGAUGUUUGUUUCUCUAUGCCACUUUGUCAUUCUAAAGUAGAGCAAGUCACCACUGAAGAUUUAGUUGAGCUCUCUGAGAUUGAGAAACAAAAUUUGGGCCAGAAUGCAGCUCUUUCUGCUCCGGAGAUAAAAUGUGUGGAAAUAAAAAGAGCUGGCCAUAAUGCUGCCUCUCCUAAAGAAUCUACAGUGAAAGAUACUGAAUCCAGUCAAGGUUCAUCCAUUGGUCUCUUGUCCAGCAUUGAAAUUAAAGAUGUAUGUAUUCCAUCGUGGAUUGUUUGCCGAAUAUGUGCACUCAUGGGCUCCGCAGGGAGAAGCUUUGUGGCAAGCUUUACAACGGAACGCACCUCAAUUGGCUUGAAUGUUGCUCUUGAGACAGCCUGUGAGAAACCUGAUCAAGCUGAGGCAGUUGAAGGCUUGGAAGAGAGCAGCCAUGCUUUUGGUAUUCCAGAAGCCACAGUUGCUCCUUGCUUGCGUUCAGGUUUUUUAAAAGGCUUGAAGUACUGUGAUGGUUCUUAUAUGGCUUCCCUCUCUCCGGUCUGA